AUGUUGAGCAAUUUCGCAGCAUACUUAGCAAUUUCUUUCAGUUUCAUCCUAUCGGGGGAAGAUAGCACGCUUUUUGAUGCUUUCUCGACGAAUCCAUGUCCGAAAACCUACCCCCAUAUAGCCCGCUGGUACAGAAAUAUUGCAAGUUACGAUAAGAGCGAACGUAGUUCAUGGCUCUCUGCUGAUGGUUGUGUGAAGAACGAUGAAGAGAAGGAAAACGAUAUUGAUCUUUUCGGGUCUGACGAUGAAGAAGAUCUAGAGAAGCAUAAAAUCGUUCAAGAACGGCUGAAGGCAUACGCAGAAAAGAAGGCCGCGAAACCUGGUCCUAUUGCGAAGUCAUCUGUUAUUCUAGAUGUGAAGCCAUGGGAUGAUGAGACGAAUCUGGAAGAAAUGGAGAAACUCGUUCGUGGUAUUGAGAUGGACGGUCUUGUUUGGGGAGGAGCGAAACUAAUCCCAAUCGGUUACGGUAUCAACAAGCUGCAGAUAAUUUGUGUUAUCGAAGAUCUAAAGGUAUCCGUCGAUGAUCUAAUUGAGAAGAUCACCAGUGAUUUCGAAGACCACGUCCAGUCUGUCGACAUUGUUGCGUUCAACAAAAUUUGA